GCCAGAGAUAUUAAACGUGCAGGGCUGUCGAGUGCACGAGCUCUAAUGUCACAAAGAUAAAAAAUGAGGGAGGAUGUAUAUGAGGUCCCCGAGGGGACGGAGUAUUGUUAUCUAGUGCAGGACGAAGAAGAGGAACAGAUACAGUACGUUGGUCGCCUCUAUGUCAGUCCAUUCCUGGUGGUGUCGCGCAGGUGCAUGUUCCUCAUCAGCUGCGGCGUGAUCGCUCUCCUCUCUCUUGCGGGAUGCCUGGCUUACGUGGCUGAGACUCCGCCUCCAGGAGUGGCAGAGGUGGAGACCGAGUGCGGUUGGCUGCGUGGGAGCUGGAAAGGUGGAGCUUAUUCUUUCAAAGGCAUCCCAUAUGCAGUACCACCUGUGGGUGAACGUCGCUGGCGACCUCCGGCGGACCUAGUGGAGGCGGGACAGUGUUGGCAGGGCGUGUACGACGCUACUAGAUUCCGUAGCAUCUGUGCGCAGGUGCAGCCCCUCCGAAAAGACGGGCAGGUCAUGGGACAGGAGGACUGUCUGCAUCUCAGCGUGUGGACGCCGAGUCUACAGCCGGCCAAUCCACUGCCCGUCAUGGUGUGGAUCCACGGAGGGUACCUCCACAUGCUGAGCGGCCAGGAGAGAGGAUACUCGCCCACCGAAGAGCUGGCGGCCCGUACGCAGACGGUGUACAUCAGCCUGAAUUACAGGCUCAAUGCUUUCGGCUUCAUGGCCCUGGAGGUGCUCAGGGAAGAUUCUCCCACCAACUCCUCAGGGAAUUAUGGCUUCAUGGACCAGAUCCAAGCACUUCAGUGGGUCCAGAGAAAUAUCCAUAACUUCGGUGGUGAUGCUGGAAGGGUUACCAUAUUUGGUCAAAGCUCAGAGCCACAGACAUGACAUAUGGGGGA